UGUUUAUUGGAGAUGCCACCCUCCUUUUCCUAAGUCCGAAUACAACAACACAGCCAAGAAAAGAAAGCGAAGAUUCCCACUUCCUCAAUUUUUCAGAAUCACAAACCAAGAAAGGAAGACAGACCCUUUUUCUUAGAGAAACUGCUGUUUGGAAGCUUUGGAUUAUCCGCAGCAACAUGAACCAAAAGGCUAACGUUUCUAAAGAGCUUAAUGCCAAGCACAGAAAGAUAUUGGAAGGUCUUCUUAAACUGCCAGAGAACAGAGAAUGUGCAGACUGCAAAACCAUAGCUCCACGAUGGGCUAGUGUCAAUCUCGGGAUCUUUAUAUGCAUGCAGUGUUCUGGGGCCCAUAGAAGUCUUGGGGUACACAUAUCAAAGGUGAGAUCUGCCACUUUGGACACAUGGCUUCCAGAGCAGAUUGCAUUUAUCCAAUCGAUGGGAAAUGAGAAAUCGAACAGUUACUGGGAAGCAGAGUUGCCUCCUAAUUAUGACAGAGUUGGAAUCGAGAAUUUCAUCCGUGCAAAGUAUGAAUCGAAAAAAUGGGUUCCCAGGGAUGACAAACUAAAAUCACCUCCCAGGGUGACUACGCAGAAAACUUCUGUUUAUGGAGCAAGGCCUGAAAUUAGAAGCAAGCAUGGCGAUGUCAGAAAUAUUGAACAGUCUUAUGAGCAGAAAGUUGCUCAUCCACCUGGUAGAAUAAACAGGAUACCACAGCAGGUGCGUAUUAUUGUUCAUUUGCCCAUUUGUCGAUUAAAAACUGAUUAUUCCAGUGCUUCUUGUCUUAAUAUGAUUUAUGGUCUUAAUGGACAGGUUAGUGAUGAUUUGAAACCAAAAAACAUUGAAAAGAAAUCACCAGAAGCUAGUCAAAAACCACAAGAACUUGAGCAGAAAACAGAACCAGUAGCUCCAAAACCUGAACCAGCAAGUCAUAGAGCUAGUGCUACUCCAAUUUCCGCACCAGUUAAAGUGGACUAUGCUACUGAUUUGUUCAAUAUGCUCUCCAUGGAGGAAUCAAGAGGAAGUGACUCCGUGACAUUUGCCAAUAACAUUACAUUGCCUACUAUGCAUUCUGCUGAAACAAAACUGGCAGAAGAGAAAAACAAUGCACCAAAAUCAUCUGAAAGCAAGGUGCAAUCAAAAUAUGGUAUUGAGGAUUUGUUUAUAGAUACUCCAUCAAUCACUCAAACCUUUUCAGUGAAACCUCAGACUGAUGUCAAGAAUGACAUUAUAAACUUAUUUGAGAAGUCAAGUAUAGUUUCUCCAUUCUCGAUGCAUCAACAACAACAAGCAAUGCUCUCCCAACAACAUUCAUUACUAAUGGCUGCUGCGCCAAAUUCUAGCGGAUCCCAUUCCUUUUCUUCAAGUUUACAACCUGCCUCCCAAGCUAUUCACUUGCCCACACAAAAUGGGCGAAGCGUUGGCCAACAAGUUCCUGGCAACCCAACGCCGCCUAAUCUACAAUAUUAUAGUCAGAUUGGGAAUGGUUAUCAUGCACGUCCAAUAGGCAAUGCAGUUUCUUACUCGACAUCAAGCAUGUAUACGAUGAGGCCGGUAGCUCCAAUCAACGGUGUCAGAAGCAUCGGAGGAAGCAGAGUUUCAACACCACCGCCAAAAUCUUCUGUCACUCCAACUCCUUCAGGAAGGGACUUUGAUUUUUCAUCGUUAACUCAAGGAUUGUUUACUAAACGAUGACAAGUUAAUCGUUUGUGGGUGAAAUGACCAAAUAUGGGAGCAUUUUAUAGUUGAUUACUCAUUCAUAGUUGAUUCCUUAAUCUUUAUUCAUUAAGAUGGUGACUUCAAUUGUAUCAGCAGACAGCAGGCCUUGUCUUCAAUAAAGUUAGGUUCAUAUUUCUUGGCCUCAA